AUGGCCAAGAAAGUAUGGAGCUUGAUUCGUGUCAUGUUCUCCAUGUUGAAGAAGGGCAUUUCCAACACUAAAUUCUUCGCUUAUUUUAACUUGGUGAUCAAGCGUGGCAAGAUCGCCGGAAAAGCCUUACACAACCUUCUGUUCCACCGCCACCACAACUGGGCUUCCGCCACCUCCCACAACCACCUACACCACCUCCCCUCUGGAGAACACGAAUUCAUGAGCUGCAACAACACCCCUCCGAACCCAGUCUCCCUCUUUUCCACCCUCAAGAACCAAAACAAAUACCUUUCGGUUCCCAGUACUCACGUGUCGCCUUGUGUAGACGACAUUGAUAACAUUUGCGUUGAUUCUGAACUUCUGAAAGCACUUGAUAUGCUGACAACCACGGCGUCGCCGGCAAUGCUGGGAACCAGGAAGAGUCAUAUGGUCAAGCAGCUGAGGAUAACAGACUCGCCGUUUCCGGUGAGUAACGAUGACGAAGAUGCUGAAGUGGACGAGGCUGCUGAGAAGUUCAUAAUGAGGUUUUAUAACGGUUUGAGACGGCAAAACUAA